AUGGCUGAGAAGAAAAGCAAAAGAGACUCCAUUGGAAUAAGUAUGAAGGGAUGCCAGACAAACAAUGGAUUUGUCCAAAAUGAAGACAUCCUGGAAAAGGACCUGGAUCCAGGCAGCCCGGUGGACAGCCCACAGGACAGUAGGGUGGGCAUCCUUGGCCCCGAGGAGCCCGACUUAGAGAACGUGCAGCCCUACGCAGGGAUGCCCAAGGAGGUGCUGUUUCACUUCUCACGCCAGGCCCGGUACAGGGUGCCCCGAGAGGUCCUCUUCUGGCUCACCGUGGCUUCUGUGCUCGGGCUCAUUGCGGCCACCAUAGCCAUCAUCGCCAUCUCUCCAAAAUGCCUUGACUGGUGGCAGGCAGGACCCAUGUACCAGAUCUAUACAAGAUCUUUCAAGGACAGUGACAAGGAUGGCAAUGGAGAUCUAAAAGGUAUUCAAGAUAAAUUGGACUAUAUCAAAACUUUAAAUAUAAAAACUGUUUGGAUUACUUCAUUUUAUAAAUCAUCCCUUAAAGAUUUCCGACAUGGUAUUGAAGAUUUCCGAGAAAUUGACCCCAUUUUUGGGACAAUGAAAGAUUUUGAGAAUCUGGUUGCAGCCAUACAUGAUAAAGGUUUAAAAAUAAUAAUCGAUUUUAUACCAAACCACACCAGUGAUAAACAUGCUUGGUUUCAACUGAGUCGUAACCGGACAGGGAAAUAUGCUGAUUAUUACAUCUGGCAUAACUGUUCCCAUGAAAAUGGCAUAACCACACCACCCAACAACUGGUUAAGUGUAUAUGGAAAUUCCAGCUGGCACUUUGAUGAAGUACGAAACCAAUGUUAUUUUCACCAGUUUACAAAAGAGCAGCCUGAUUUAAAUUUCCGCAAUCCUGAUGUUCAAGGAGAAAUAAAAGAACUCAUUCAGUUCUGGCUCGCAAAGGGCGUUGAUGGCCUAAGUUUUGAGACUGUUAAAUUUCUUCUAGAAGCAAAGCAUCUGAGGGAUGAGGCCCAAGUGAACAAGAACCAAAUCCCGGACACAGUCACACACUACUCGGAGCUGUACCACGACUUCACCACCACGCAGGUGGGAAUGCACGACAUUGUCCGGAGCUUCCGGCAGAUAAUGAACCAACAUAGCACGGAGCCUGGGAGAUACAGGUUCAUGGGGACCGAAGCCUUCGGAGACAGCGUUGACAGUGCCAUGAUGUACUACGGGUUGCCUUUUAUCCAAGAAGCAGAUUUUCCCUUUAACGAUUACCUCACAGGGCUAGACAGUCCUUCUGGGAAUGGUGUGUUUGAGAUUAUCACAUCCUGGAUGGAACAUAUGCCAGAAGGAAAAUGGCCUAACUGGAUGAUCGGUGGCCCGGACAAAGCCCGGCUGACCUCUCGUUUGGGGAAGGAAUAUGUCAGCAUCAUGAACAUGCUUGUUUUCACACUUCCUGGAACCCCCAUCACUUACUACGGAGAAGAAAUAGGAAUGGGAAAUAUUUUAGCCGCAAAUAUCAACGAAAGCUAUGAUAUUGCGACCCUUCUCUCCAAGUCACCAAUGCAGUGGGACAACAGCUCAAAUGCCGGCUUCUCUGAGGGCAGUCACAGCUGGUUACCCACCGGCACCGAUUACCACACUGUGAAUGUUGAUGUCCAAAAGACUCAGCCCAGAUCAGCAUUAACGUUAUAUCAAGAAUUAAGUUUGCUUCGUGACAGUGAGCUGCUCCUCAGCAGGGGAUGGUUUUGCUAUUUGAGGACUGACAGCCACUUCGUGGUGUACACAAGAGAAAUGGAUGGCAUAGACAGAAUCUUUCUCAUGGUUCUGAAUUUUGGAGAAUCAUCACAGUUAAAUCUAAAGGAAAUUAUUUCAAAUAUUCCCACAAAAGUGAGGAUAAGGUUAAGUACCAAUUUGGCCAACAAAGGAAAUGAAGUUGAUACACAGGGUGUUACAGUGGACAAGGGAGAAGGCCUCAUCCUUGAAUACAGCACGAAGAAUCUCCUUCACUACCAAUCAGAUUUCAGAGACAGAUGCUUUGUCUCCAAUCGGGCAUGCUACUCCAGUGUGCUAGGCAUACUGUACAGCCUGUGUUAG